AUGCCAGGUGAAGUUGAUUUGAAAGAAUGCCUUCAGUCUGCAGAGUUUAUCAGUAGCACUGAUGGGAACUUCAAGAUUCUAGAGGAUGGUUCUGUGUACACAACAUCUGCUCUUUCUUUGUCUGCUGAGAAAAAAACUUUUACCAUAUUACUUAAAGACAUUCAAGAACAAGUUGAAAAGAAAAUACAUGUUAGCUUAGUGGAAGAAGAAAAGAAGACACAGAAGACCAGGCAUGCUAGAGAUACAGUUCUCAAGCGAACCAAAAGAAGGUGGGGCCCUAUUCCAUCCGUUAUGAUAGAGAACUCACUGGGACCUUUUCCUCUACAAAUUCAGCAGGUCCAGUCAGACACAGCUCAGAACUACACUAUUUAUUAUUCUGCAAGUGGACCAGGAAUUGAUCAAGAUCCAAAGGGUUUAUUUUACAUAGAAAGAGAAACUGGAAAUAUCUUUGCUACUCGUGCAGUAGACCGGGAACAAUAUCCAAGCUUUCAGAUCAUUUGCUUUGCAACCACUCCAGAUGGUUAUUCACCAGAAGUACCACUUGUGCAUACAAUCAGGAUAGAAGAUGAUAAUGAUAAUGCUCCAUAUUUUACAAAAGAUCUGUUUGAGUUUUGUGUCCCUGAAAAUUCCAAGCCUGGUGUUGUUGUUGGACAAGUGACUGCAGAGGACAGAGAUGAGCCUUAUACUCUGCAUACUACAUUGAAAUACCGCAUUGUGUCACAAAAUCCACCAAUUACUCCAGCAUUUUCUUUACAUGGUGACACCGGUGUAAUUUCUGUAUUGCUGCCGCAGCUGGACAGAGAGCUUGUUCCCAGUUACACUUUGUUAGUUGAAGUGAGAGAUAUGGCAGGUCAACCUUUUGGUUUGUGCACUACAGGAACAGUGGUUGUAAAAAUCGAAGAUACAAAUGACAAUGCACCAUCCUUUAAACAGAUACAAUAUGAAACGCGAGUGGAGGAAAACAGAGUGAGUGUAGAAAUACUGAGAGUCUCUGUUGUUGAUCUUGAUGAACCUGGUUCACCUGGCUCAGGAGCAGUGUAUGAAAUUAUAAGAGGAAAUGAUGAUCAGGCCUUUGAAAUUACAACAGACAAAAACACAAACGAAGGAAUACUAUGUGUUGUCAAGGGACUGGACUAUGAAAGUGCCAAGCAAAGGGUCCUUGUCAUUGGAGUCAACAAUGAGGCACCCUAUCUGCUGGCACCACAUUCACAACAGCUUUCCCAGAGCACCUGCUCUGUUACAGUGCACGUCCUGGAUGUGGAUGAGGGACCAGUGUUUAAACCAUGUCUGUUGCGCUUAGAUGUUAAAGAAUGUGAAGAUAUUGGGACGGCUAUUGGGAGAUAUGUAGCAGAAGAUCCAGAAACUGGAAAUAGUGAAGGCAUAAGGUACCGGAUACCACCUGGACAAUGUAAUUGGAUCAACAUAGAUGACAAAUCGGGUGAAGUCAGAACUGUUAAAGUCUUGGACCGAGACAUAGGAGAAAUGAGACGAGGCCAAUGCAAUAUCACAGUCCUUGCAAUAGACAGAAAUGGUAAAACAGGCACUGGAACAAUUCAGGUUUGCAUCGUGCCUGGGAACAAGAAUUUCCCACGAAUCGCUCAGACAGACUAUAUAAUGUGCAGAGACAGAGAACCAAUCUGCCUUACUGCACAGGAUGAUGAUGAGGCUCCGUACAGCACACCCUUUGUGUAUCGCAUAACUGACCGUAACUUGGCUUCCAUGUGGAAGAUAAAUGCACAAAACGAUAAUUGUGCAUAUCUUUCACCAAAGGGUGAUAUUCCAUUUGGAAUUUAUGAUAUUCCUGUAAGUGUGAUGGAUAACGGAGGAAAGGUAGGAGAGUCCACUGUAAGAGUUAACUUCUGUGAUUGUGUUACUCCAACUGAAUGCGAUGGUAGGAGCCGUCAGCUUUCUGGUGGAAAUGUUACUCUUGGUCUCUGGGCCAUCCUUGCAAUGAUCUUAGGAUCGCUGUUAUUGCUGCUAAUCCUGAUCACAAUUUGUGGCUGCUGUGGCCGUGGAGUAAUGCACAGACAGGUGACUGAUGAUUGUGCCAAUCACAAUUUAAUCAUUUCAAACACAGAAGCUCCAGGUGAAGAAGUGAUGGAUCACAAUAUAAUUCCUCUACAAAAUACAUGUGAUCAAGGAGGUUAUGGAGUGAAAACAGGAGAUCAGCAAACAUUUGAAGUGGUAAAAGGAAGAGGGCAUACCUUGGAAUCAGUCAAGGGAGCUGGACACCAGACUUUGGGAUCAGUUGUAGAAGGAGGAGGACAGACUAUGAUGGACACAUGUAGAUACUCCUACUCAGAAUGGCGUAAUUUCACACAUCCUCGUUUAGGCGAAAAGGUGCACCUAUGCAGACAGGAUGAAGAACAGAAGCAUUCUGAAGAUUAUCUCCUUUCAUAUAACUAUGAAGGAAAAGGAUCCUUGGCUGGCUCUGUAGGCUGCUGCAGUGAUCAGCAUGAGGAAGAGGCACUUGACUUCUUAGAUCAGUUGGAACCCAAGUUUAGGACAUUAGCAGAAACAUGCAUAAAAAGAUAAAUGUGCCUUUCACAGUGCUGAAAAAAACCUGUAAAUAAGUGGUUGUCGUACUUUUGUGAUAUUAGGUAUUUUUGAAUUGACGGGGGAAGAGGUUUAUAAAAAUUUAUAUAGACUGGUGAGAGUGUAAGUAACUCUUGCUUUAAAUUUACAUUUUCUUAUACUGGACACAUUCCAUCAAAAUAAGAGACUCAAAAUAUUUUGUCUUUAGGUUAAUAUAGUAAUGCUAGUUCCUACUUAGAUUACAUUUUGCAUUCUUCGUGAUUACUUAAAAUGCAAAACUUGGUGUUCUUUUAAUUAAUUGUUCAGCUUCAAAGUUUUACUAUAUUUGGCUUUGGAGAAGGAAAGCUUUUUAACUCACUGUUUCUUUGUUUUCUUUUAAUUUUAUAGAAAUGAAACAAGAACUUUGUUGGUUGAUAUCAAAUUCCUUGUUAAUUUUUAACUUAUAUGAACUGAGAUACAAAAUAUUUUUUCAUUUUGGACAUAAGAAUACUCAUAAAUAUAUUAGAAAACUUUACAUUUUGGUUGAAAAUUAAAUAUAUAUAUAUUGUAUAUAUGUAAAAUAAUAUUCAAAAAUAUAUUUUUCUCCUAAUGGGUUACCACCCAUCAAACUUGCUAUCCUAAGGGAUUUAUGGCAUCACCACGUAGGGUAUCAGCAUUGUAUGCAAGUAUGUAUUUUUCUUUUAGAGAAAUAAAAGAUCAAAAAAAAAAAUCACAAAAUAGAGGUAACUAUCAUAUUUCAAAUGAACGCAAGACAAAUCUCAUGUUUACUUCACCUAAGUUUGUACCUCAGUUUCUUGUGAGUUUUGACAUAGUAUCAUUGCAGAAAAAUGAUGACCAUUGCUGAGAGUUUUGUCCAGUGUAGCUACGACUACCUUUCCAUUUGCCCUGUUAUGGACUUCAUUAACUGUUUCUUUUUGUAAGUAGAACUUGACAGAAGAUGCAGCUCAGAUGGAUUGAGCAUAUUAUCCAUUAAUAAUGUGUUUUAGAAUAUCUUUUUAUUGAGAUGCAAAAUUACACUGGGAUAAACUGUCUGUUUUGAGUGUAAUAUGUGGUAGUUGUAGAGGUGAGCAUUUACAAACAUCUCUGGCAGAAAUCAUCUGAAUCCCAUUUCUUAUUUUACUAGAUUAAGCAUACAUAUACACUAUAUAUACAUAUAUAUAUACACA